AUGUCGGCGGAGACGGAGCUGCAGCCGGCGGUCCGGCCUGGAAGCCUCAGGCGGGACUCCAGGAGGAAAGGGCAGGAUCGCAGCGAGGCGACUCUCAUCAGGCGCUUUAAGGGCGACGGCGUCCGCUACAAGGCUAAGCUCAUCGGCCUGGACGAGGUCAUGGCGGCCCGCGGAGACAAACUCUGUCAGGACUCCAUGAUGAAGCUCAAGGGUAUCGCUGCAGCGGCAAGGUCCAAAGGAGAACACAAGCAGAAAGUCUUCCUGACUGUUUCCUUUGGAGGGAUCAAGAUCUUUGAUGAGAAGUCAGGGGUUCUGCAACACCACCACGCCGUCCAUGAGAUAUCCUACAUUGCCAAGGACAUCACGGACCACAGAGCGUUUGGCUACGUCUGCGGAAAGGAAGGCAACCACCGCUUUGUGGCCAUCAAAACAGCGCAGUCGGCAGAACCAGUGAUCCUGGACCUUCGGGACUUGUUCCAGCUCAUCUACGAGAUUAAGCAGCGUGAGGAGAUGGAGAAGAAGGCCCAGAAGGACAAACAGUGCGAGCAGGCCGUCUACCAGACGAUACUGGAAGAAGAUCUGGAGGAUCCAGUCUACCAGAACGGACAUCAAAGCACCCAUCAUCAACAACUUCAUCAUCAUCAACAUCAUCCUCAUUCUCAUCCACAAAUCUCCCAGGCAGGACUAAGCGAACAUCCGGAGCUUCAGCAUCAGCAGGCGAAUCUCAUAGACUUAGACCUGGAAACGGUUUCUCAGAACAUCAACCAAUUAGAGCUUUUCGGAGACAUGUCCACACCUCCCGACAUAACCUCGCCGUCGACUCCAGCCUCACCUGCUAACACGCUGGACCCGUUGCAGGGCCUGCAGCCUCCCACUGAGCUCUUUGCUCCCUUCAACCCUGCGUCUGUGCCCUCAGGUUAUGUGACAAUGGGGGCGGUUCCCUCCGGACACUGGUCCCAGCAGUUUGCCACCCAGACGCCGCUGGCCUUCGGGGUACAGUCCCCACUCGGCCCGGUGGCACAGGUGCUGCCGAGCGGCCAGCCUCUCAUCUGGGGGCAGGCAAACAUCUUCCCCGCCACCCAGCAACAGUGGGCGGCCAUGGCGGCCGGCGCCUUUCCUCCCACAGCCUACCUCCCUGCUCAGCCCGUGGGCACCCUGCCCGCCGCCAUGUUCCAAACAAUCACCCCCGUCUCCGCCGUUACGCCGGCAGGCGAUAGCCAAUCAGGUGCGGGCGCUCCAACUCUCUCCGCGUCAUCGAGUCCGCAACAUGAGGAGCGGGCGAAGAAGAUGAGCAAGGAGAUGUUUAAGGACUUUCAGCUGGCAAAACCGCCAGCGAUGCCGUCAAAGAAGGGCGAACAGCAGCCCAGCUUAGCGGGCACCUCGGAGGCAUUCACUUCUUACUUCAGCCGCGUCGGCACCGCCCAGGACACGGACGACUGUGAUGACUUUGACAUCUCCCAGAUGAACCUGACGCCGGUCACCUCCACGACGCCCUCCACCAACUCUCCCCCCACACCAGCUCCCCACCAGAGCUCGCCCUCCAAAUCUCCCGCCUCGCACGUCAGCGAUCCACCCACCGAUGCCACUGACCCACCCACCGACGACUCGUUCGGGGAAGCUGAGGGCAGCCCGAGCCGUAGCGGAGAGGAAGAUGUCGCUUGCGGUUCUGGGUCCCCUUGUCCCAGUGAGCCAACAGGGCCCGGCCCAGACCGGGCCAGUCCAGAGCCUGGGAGCUAG